AUCCAUGCCAUUGGCUUCGAACAGUGUGAUGAGUUCAGUGUAGGUACACGGCGCACGACCACUACAAUGAUGUCGACGUGGUUCCUGUUGCCGUUCUUGGUGCUGGUGGUUGGAUGCACUGCCAUUGGUGCGAAAGGAUACUGGCGCUUUGCUAACCUUCCGCAGACUAUAAAUGUAUCUGAAAAUGCCUCACUUGGGAUGACGGUUUUCGUUGUGCAGCCGCCUGUGGCGGGGAUGACGUACACGAUGACGCCGGCUUCCAGCUUCUUCAUCAACGCCCUAGGGCAGGUGCAGGUCAGCGCUGUCUUGGACUAUGAAGGCCCCCCUACAGGCACCAGCUAUAGUUUGUCAAUAAGAGCCACCAUCAAAGCCGGCACGACCUGCAAGGGCACCCUGACUAUUUUUGUGACCAACGUGUUUGAUGUUCCUCCAACUCUGACGUCUACCACGGUUGUUGUGACGGUGGAGGAGGAACUGUCCUCUCAGAUCCUGCACCUUACCGCUACAGAUGUUGAGACGCCAUUUGGAGAUAAACUAUCCUACACUUUAUCAGGCCCCAACAGUAUGUUCUUCGCUAUAGACGGGAGUACGGGGAAUGUAUCAGUACGGAGCCCCAUUGAUUACGACGCAGGGUACCACACUCUGUCACUGACCGUGUGGGUGGAGGACUUGGGAGGCAACACCGACCACCUGGACAUAACCGUCAAUAUAGAGGACGUCAACGACAACGCUCCAACGUGUACACCAUACGUUCAUGUUGCAAUCCUAGAAAAUGCAAACAGUGACUCUGUCGUGGCUUCCCUUGUCUGCGCCGAUGGCGAUGCCGGUGCCACAAUGUGGUGUAAUAUUGUUUCCGGGGACCCCAGUUCACAGUUCAUCACGUCAGGGAUGUUAGUGACGACUGAUGGUUCCCUUGAUUACGAGACGACGUCUUUGUACACCUUGACCGUCCACGUCUACGACGACCACAAUGUAUCGGCACGUCACACCGCUUUCGUCACCAUCGUCGUGCAGGUUGAAGACGUCGACGACAAUGCCCUUGUUUGGGUGACGUUGGAACAGACCAUUCCCGUGUCGGAGGCCGUCGUUCCUGGCUCCCCCUUCUUCACUGUACUAGCGGCUGACCCGGACACAACUCCCGGAAGUACCGUCACUUACUUCAUCACAGGAGGUGCAGGCAUGGGCAAUUUCAAAGUCGGUUCUCUAACUGGAGAGUUGUCUGCCCUUGUGGCCUUGGAUUAUGACGGUACCGUUGACUCCUACGACCUUGAGCUGAUUGCAAGUGAUGGCCUUCAUAACACAUCAAGUCUAAAUCUGACCCUCAGCGUCCUGGACGUGAACGACAACGUCCCCGAGUUCCAAGGGACACCGUACACAUUUUCCGUCAUGGAGAAUGCGUCCUUCUCAACUUCUGUAGGAACAGUAACUGCAAAUGAUUCCGACGGAGGACAAAAUGGAGAGUUUAUGUUUUCCUUAGAUGUGUUUCUGCAAGGAGCGCCGUCCCAUUUUACUAUUGACCAGAACAGUGGCGUGGUCGGACUACAGGGGGGACUAGAUCGGGAGAGUCAGGACGUCUACGUAGCUUUGGUCAAGGCUAUAGACAAAGGCCAACCUCGCCAAACAGGAACUGCCACCAUCGUUAUACAUGUCACCGACAUCAAUGACAACUACCCUGUGUUCAGUGCCACCACCUACAGGGGAUCUGUCAUGGAGCAACAGGUCAACCCCAGUGUCCUCACAGUGUCCGCUACAGAUAGGGAUAUCGGCAACCACUCUCGGAUAACAUAUUCCCUAAAUUCCCUUCAUUCAGGACAUUCAUCCCAUUUUUUUAUAAAUAGCUCCACUGGUACAAUUUUACUCAAUACAACGGUAGACCGAGAAGAAGACCCCACCAUCACCUUGUACGUCCUCGCAGUCGAUGGCGGGACACCAGCGUUCACGUCAACAGCGACAGUGAUAAUUGACGUGGAGGAUGUUAACGAACCGCCACAGUGGAUGACGACGGCUAACGUGUCCAUUGCUGAAGGUCUACCGGUCGGGGUACACGUCGCCACAAUUGCAGCGGUAGACGAAGAUUUCGGGAUUGGAGGCACGGUGUUGUAUCGGAUUACGGACAUAUCGGCAGGUAAUGGCAGUCCUUCCUCUGGGGUGUUUGUCGUGAAUGCAGUUACCGGGGAGGUCCGGACUACACGUGUCUUGGACUGUGACCUAGGCAUCAGAUCAUACACCAUCACCUUCAAUGCCACCGAUGGACUCGGAAUGACCGCUUCACACAACUUCAUGUUGACCGUCACCUUGACCGAUGUCAAUGACAACAGCCCAGUGUUUGGCAGUAUCACCUACUCAUUUACAAUAGCAGAGAACGUGAAGGUCGGAACAACGGUAGGUACGGUGUCCGCGUCGGAUGCAGAUAUAGGAAACAAGACUGUGAGGUACAAAACAGAUAAGUUCCUAGAAGGCGAAUCCUCGCAUUUUUCCAUCAUCAGUACCAGUGGCGUCAUAGUGACGGCAGGUAGACUUGACAGAGAGACCAAUGACAGGUACGUGUUCGUGGUGGUUGCCCAGGACACCGGCGUCCCUCCGCUAACAGCUUCCACCACCGUCUCUACGACAGUCACAGAUGUCAAUGACCACGCGCCACAGUUCAGCUCAGCUCUGUACUCUUGUUGGUUGGUAGAGGACGCCCCAAAAGGCAGCUGCAUUACGUCGGUGACGGUGACGGAUAAAGACGUGAGCAUCAGCGGCAGCAUAACGUUGUCUAUAACAUACCCUCCGCCUGCUGUUGACAUAUUCAGCAUAGAGUCAGCUUCAGGAAGGAUUUGUCUCCGUAAGACCGUAGACAGGGAGGAUAGGUCCUUUUAUGUGUUCACCGUCCGGGCUGAAGAUGGUGGAUCACUCACGUCGACAGCCAACGUCACCGUCCAUGUCGUCGACGUCAACGAUAAUCCACCUGUAAUGUAUCCGGGGUUUUACAAUACUGAAGUUGCUUACACUGGCGUCUGUGGCAGCUCCAUCACCACCGUGACGGCUACAGAUGCAGACACUGGUGAAAAUGGUCAAAUCACGUUCUUCCUGGAGAGGAACGUGUUUAAUUACCUGUUCACUAUUGACCCAGAUUCAGGAGUCUUUUCCAUGAAAUCUCAAGCUGGGAAGAGUUCCCGCUACAUACUGACGGCCUCAGCACAAGAUGGAGGGACCCCGUCACACAACGCAUCCACGCCGGCCGUUAUCCGCGUGGACACGUUAGAUCUCAAUGACGUGGCGGUCACAUGUAGACUGAGCAUAGACGAAGCUGCGUUUGAAGCAAACAGUGCAGUGUUCAUACCUAACAUAGCAUCCAUUGUCAAGAUCAGCUACCCGUCCGCCGUUGUGAAAGUGUGGUGUGUGGAGACGAGGAGUGGCUCGGCGGUGAUCCCGACAUCCUCCAGGCGAAAGCUGCUGCAGUCGACUAGGCAAGUCCAGUUUUUCAUUUACCAAACUACAAUUGGGUAA